AAACAGCACAUAUAAAGUCUACUGUACUCAGCUCACUGUGACAGUAAAUCUGUGAAUAUAACUGAAGCAGACAGCAGAACGGAGAGAUAGUGAACAGACACACAAUGCUGCUGACUCCAGCUUUUCAUGCUUCUUUCAGACCUCUGCAUACUUCACAGGAGCCUGAACUCGUACUGUGGCCAUUCGGACGGAGUGCCUUUGAACAGCUGGAAAGGGACAUGCAUCAAAUGAGGCGAACAAUGAACAUUAUGAAUGAAAUCUGUCAGCAGCUGUCUGAUGAUGUCCUGGGGAAAAGAAAAUCUUCUACAGACAAAUUACAAGCCAGAAGGGAAACGGAUAAAGACAACAGAAAACAAAACAAGGAGAAUGGCUUCUCACUGUCUCUAGAUGUUAAGCGGUUUUCCCCAGAAGAACUGACUGUGAAAGUAGCUGGAAGAAAAGUCACAGUGGAAGGAAAACAUGAGGACAAAAGCGAAGACGGCGAGACAAUUUUCUCUUAUAGAUGCAGUCAGUUUAAGAAGGAAGUCCUGUUACCAGAGAAUGUAAAUUCUGAAAAGGUAACUUGUUUGUUAUCCCGUGAAGGCCAGCUUGUCAUUGAAGCCCCACAAUUGUCCUUACCAGCUGUGACAGGCAGAGACAUUCCCAUCUCUAUUAGCAAGGACAUAAGAAGUGGAAAGGGACAUGAAAAUGAGAAUGCAGAUGAUACAGACAAUAAAAAGAAGCAAGAAACAGCUUCAGAAGAGGGAAAUAAGGUUGCAGCUAAGCAGACUGCUUAGCUGUACAAAGACAGACAGUUCUUUUUUAAUGACCUAUACUUAAACCAUGUUACUGUUUGUUUGAACUGUUAUUAAAUUGCUGCCUCAUGCUUUUAUGAACAUAUGGUUGUUUUCAAAUAUUCCCAUGAUACAGAAAUGUCAGUAAGUAAAAGUUCAGUUUAGCAAUGUCUACUUUUAGUAAGAUGAACUUACAACUGUUCUGUUUUACUACAAACUGCUUGACAUGAAAUUGCUUUAAUAUGUCUUCAUAUUUUUUAUUUCUUUAAAUAUGCAACAAUGCCCUUGGAUAUUAUUUGAUUUUAUUUGUUUUUCUUCCAUCAUAUAUUUUUUUAAAUAAAUGAGUUAGUAUGUUAUA